AUGAUUAUAAACAUCUUCAGAUUCCUUAUUGGAAUUCUUGGUACUAUUGGCAUUUGCCUCGUCAUCAACAAAAUUCUGAACCGAAUCGUGCUUUACAAAUCAUCCACCACGCAAUCAUGGGACUGGGGCAAGGAAAUCGUGCUCAUCACUGGUGGUAGUGGCGGCAUCGGCUCUGAAAUGGUCGAUAAAUUCUCCCGCAGAAGCGUCAAAGUUGUAUCCUUUGACAUACACCCACCAAAACGUGCACUCUGUACAAAUGCCUAUUUCUACAAAGUGGACGUCACUUCGCCACAUAGCAUACAUGAAGCCAUGGAACAAGUCCGUCGGGACAUUGGAGAUCCAACGGUCCUGAUCAAUAAUGCUGGCAUCGCCUUAGGCAAAGACAUUCUUGCUUGCACUGCAGACCAGAUCAAGCAGAUGGUCCAGGUCAAUCUGCUGGCGCACUUUUGGCUUGUGCAAGAACUGCUCCCAUCCAUGGUCAAGCAGAAGCACGGUCAUGUCGUUACAAUUGCUAGUGUGGCUAGCUUCAUUACUAUCGCAAGCAAUAUCGACUAUAGCUGUACGAAGGCUGCGUUAGUAGCCUUCCAUGAAGGCCUGACGCAAGAUCUGAAGCAUAGAUAUAACGCAAAAGAUGUACUGACAAGGAGCCGAACGACGUAG